AUGGAUGAUGCUUUCGAGAUCGUAGAUCUUCCUGAUGGAUACCAUAUCUGUGAACUCAGCGGAGACCGACGGGCAAUCGAACCUCUAGUUGCAGCCAUGCAACUGACCGUUUCAGAAAAUAAUAAGAACCGAAGGGGAUCAAUUUUUUACGCAGACCUGAGUCUGUCAGAUCCAUCAGGUAAAGACUUCGGAAAGAAUAUCAUUUACGAGAUGUUUUCCCGCGGCCUCCCCAACAAACGCCGCAUGAUGUCCUGCGAGAUCUGCGAGACAUUCAUCAGAGACUUCGGCAAUCUCUGCUAUCUUUCCGAAGAUGCGACUCUGGUACCGCUGGUAUGGCCAGCAGAAGACGUUGUCCCGGAAUACUACCAAAAAGCAGUGGCCAAUGUCAGGAAAUUGUUCGAAGGACGCCCACUCGGAAGGGAAUUCCUAAGUCACCUCGAUAUUUACAAUCACCAGGGAGCAAACUAUGGACGAGGAAAGGCAAGCAACGACACGUAUCGCCACAUGGAUGUCGAAAUUUUGGGCAAUGUUCGAUCUCUUGGAACAACUCAAUCAGAAGAACUUGGUCCAAUUUUGGAGCAAAUCAUUGCGAGGAAUGACGAGAAGACCAUUUCUCGAGCUCACACUAUGCUAAUUCAUGAUGUCUUACCUCUUGCCAAAUCCUACAAGACAUGGAUUACAUGGCUCAAGAACGCUGCUACUGCUAUCAAGGUACGAAAUGACCUCAAGCCUGAAGAUCGAAGAAUGUUGAUGGCUAGAUAUGCAUUUCUAGCAGAGAAGGGAUGUUUGCCUUCACUGUUUAAUGGCGAGCUGGCACAAUUAAUGUCCUCUAUCGAAGUCGAGGAAGACAUUCCGUCAAUCAAAUCAAAGUGGAUCCAGCUAGUAAACCCCCAAAAGGAUAUAUCACCCGAUGAUAUGGCUCGUACGACGUCAAGGUUAAUGUCGGAAUUGGGCUACAACUCAACGGACUUUGACCGGUCAUUUAUCAAACUCAAUCAAAUACAAUCAUCUGCAUAUCUAUGGACAGAUUCAACCAAGCCGUCCUCGAUCUCACAAUCCCCAUUUAGGACUCUCGAUACAGCUAGACAGAGCGUCCCAGCCACCCUCCGAGAUUCUCUCGAUCGAGCUCCAAUCAAGCAGAUCUGUUUCCGCAAGUUCUGCCUCCAAAUCAUCCCACAAAUAUUCUCGCUCUCCCUCCACAUCACCGAAGAAUCCCAACAUGCGCAGAAUUUCCACUUCCUUACCACCGGAGCAGAUGAUGCCACCAAACGGUCUAAACCAAUAUAUUCCUUCCAGGAACAGGGAGAACACACCGCGGCCUGGUAUAAAGCUACACAUAUCACUUCGCCGGAAGAAGUCGACUUGUGCAGUGGUUGGGUAAAGGUGAAAUGCAUCCUAUCGUUUCCGCACAUGUGGGCCUAUUUCCAAGCUCAUCGAAAGUCCAUUUAUCAAUUCUUUGAUCUGAUGGUCGAAAGAGGGUUCCCGCACAAGGAAUUGGGAAUGCGGUUUUUGCUCGUGUUGGAUGCUAUUAUGGAUCGUCAUGGAAAAGGUUCAGAUCUUUCAAAGGAGUUGUUGAACGAGGAUUUGGGGUAUUUUAGCAGAGAGCAGCUUGAGGUGUAUAGGGAUGGGAAAUCGAUUCGGGGCUCGCAUGUCAGUGGGCAUGUUGGUGGUGUUCCGGUGGAGGACGGGAAGUUUAGGAAAGUGAUGCUGGGUGUUAGGUUGAAGAGUGGCGAGUUUGUGAGGUAUGAGGUUGUGCAGUACAAGUACUUCGUGGGAUGA